AUGUUCAGCUCUCCCGAGUCCGGUGACAAGGAGAAGGAGGUCUACGAGGCGGACCUCAAGGAGGCUGCCGCGCGGCGCUUCUCCCAAAUGAUGUGGGUUGUGGAUGGCAUCCCACCGCCGGACUUCGUGGAGGUGCGGGUGCUGGGUCCGCGGAGGGCUACGGCGGAGGAAGCGCGGAAGGAUGGCUGUGACCUCAAGCGUCUCGCCUUCAGGUGUCCAGAGAAGCGCUUCAAUCUGCAAGAGAUAUGGAGACGCUGCUACUUCCUGGAGAGCAAGCAGUGGACGGAGCUGGCAGGGGAGGACGUCCUGGAGUCGUCUGAGAACCUGUUGCCUGAGUUCAUUGCGGCCCAACAGUCGAAGAAAGAAACCUUCGAAUCCACUGCGGAGUGGUUUCAGGCCAACAACAAGAGGAGAGACUACGAUCAGAACUUUGCCCCCGUUGGUCCCUCCUGGGCUGCAGCACAGGCUCAGACGCCAGUGCCGCGCCAGCCGGGUAUUUGGUUCAUGCACGAGCGCCAGAACCAGGAAGGCAAACACGUGCCCUUCCUUUUCUUCAACGCGUUCACCGGAAAGUACUACCGAAACCGCUCGACGGAGGUGACUUAUGUGCCAGCCAAGAGUCGGUGGCUUCAGACGGGCAUUCCGCACUCAUCCGAGGAGCACUCCAUGAAGAUGGCUCACGGGUCUGUGUGCUUGCCCUCAUCAAGCGGGCGCAAAGACGACAUGGCUGUAAUCCUGCCUGAGCUGUCGCGCACAGCGUCGCUGUUGAAGCAGCCCCUGCCCUUCAUGGACAAGCCGGCUGCCCUUUUCCUCCUUGUAGAUGGCCUGCGACAGUCCAAUCUGGCCGCGGAGUGGUGCGCGAAGAGAUUCCACACACACCUGCUGCCACGCCUCUCGGCGACUCAUUCGGAGCUUGAAGACAGCGAGCUGGUUGCUUUAGUGAGGGAGGCCCUGGAGCAUCUGGACCAUGCACUUCUGGAGAGUCCGGCCCGCUACGCUGGCUGCAGCUUGGCCGUGGCCUUGCUGCUGGGCAGGCGGCUCUUCAUCUGCAGCAUGGGCGGCUGCCGCGCCGUGGUGUGCUCGCCGUCGGCGCCGCCAGAGGAGCCGGCGGCCAAGCGGGGCACAGCCCCAAAAACUGCCUGGAGCUGCCGCACUGUCGAAGGUGGGCUGCCCGGCCACACGAAGUUAGAAGUCCUGGCGUCCCAGCGGCGCCGGCGAGCUGAGGCUUACGGCCCCCUUGACUACGAGGGCCGGCCUGGAGAUGAGCUGCAAUCAGCAUCAGCGAGCCAGGAGGCUCUGGCAAAGGAGCCUUCCGAUCGCGACCGGGCUGUGCGAAGGGCUCUUCGCGCCGCGCACCCCUACGCUGCACUGGGCCUGAGCUUAGCGGAGGCGGUGGCCGCCGGUGCUGGAAAGAAAGCCGUGGAGGCUUUUGAAACUCUGCUGGGGCCCGGCAAGGGCGACCUGAAGACGGAAUGCGCGCGCAGUCGAGUUAAGGCAGCCGGCGAGGCGAUUGACAGAAUGCUGGCGCAGGACAUCUUCGGAGCUCAGCAGCCACUCAUCCCUUUCUCGGGAAAAAGGCUGGCGGAGCUGUUCUACAUGCUGGACGAGGAGGGCGGCAUCGUCAGCCAGCAGCGCGCUGCCGCGCUCCUGGCGCUGGCACCUGGCUGCGGCGAGGCCGUGGCCAAUGGCGCCGUGCAAGUUCGGUACCAGGCCGUGCUGAGCGGCCUUGCUGCCUUCUGCCCGGCCGACGCCUCGCGAGGUUGGGAGAUCUUGCGGGAAGUCAUCGAUGCGGCGGCGCGGCCAGCGACGCCCAUUUGGACGCCCCCGCCCGCCGCCAGAGGCGUGGAGGUGGCCUCUGCGCUGGGGCUCCGAGACCUCAAGAAGCCCCGCAGGCUGGUCGGCCUCGAGUUUAACGCGGAGAUCUUCCGGAUAGAGCCUGGAAGCUCCUGCUGCCUGUUGCUCCUGACGGAUGGGGCCAAUGACGUCACUCCCGCUCAGAUGGCCGAGGCUGCGGCAGAGCACCAGGGGCGGCCGAAGGCCCUCGCAACGCAGCUGGCUGCUGGUUGCCGGAAGCAAGGUUCCUCCAAAGACGGGUCAGAGAGCCAGUCGUUAGGCAUUUUGACAGCCUUCUUCUCGCUCAAGGCCCAAGAGGAGACUCCUCAGCCGGCAGAGAACGAGGCAGACACGAAGAAGAGGAAGACGCCGCCAGAGAAAGAGGUGGCGGUGGUGGUGGGUCCACAGCCUGGCGGCGGAAUGCCAAACCGCAUCCUGGACCGCAGCAUUCGAGUGGCUCACAUCCUGAUGAAGUGGGAGUCCCUCACGGCACACGACGCCAAUGCUCGCCGCGCAGCACGCAAAGGCCGAACGCAGGCGGAUGCCGAGAAGGAGCUCCUGAAACUGCUGCAGGUGCUGAAUGCCAUGCCGCAGGGCACCCCGGAUGCGGGCAAGAAGCUCACGGCCAAGUUCGCCGAGCUUCUUGGCGAGGCAAAGUCUCGUAGUGUGGCUUUAGCAGCCACGCUGCAUACAGAGAAUCCUCCGGUGAACACAAGCAUUCGCUUUGAGUUGCCGCCCAAGGCGCACUCCGAUUGCAGCUCUGCCAACAGCGGCGCCCUGGCCGACCUGGGCUGGAUCGUGCCAGGCCAGUCCGACAAAGACUUCGAAGCUGCAGCCUUUGAUCUCCCAGUCGGGGCGAUCAGCGACAUUGUGAUUUCGCAGAGGGGUGCCCAUCUCAUCCACCGCCUAGCGUUCGCGAAUCGACCUCGUGCGCUGGGAUGCGAGGAGGCUGCCAUUGCGGGCCUUCUGCGCUGUUCGGGCCUCGAUCUUCACAGAGACCGGCUGAUGCUGCACCCGCCACCUGGGAAGUUCUUCGGGCCCGGACACCAGGCACUGGCGAGGCUCUAUGCUGCUUCCCUGGGUGAGUGUCGCCGCGUGCCCUGGUCGCAUGUCCUCCGCCCACGGGGCCGGGCCCAGCCGAGUGGCCGAGCGGCGCGGCUAGCCCUGCACACGGACGAUCGGCCCUGCGCUCAAUCUGCCGGGUGCAUGCCGCUCAUAUGUGUAUUUCAGUGUGUCGUUGGGCCCAGAAGCCACCUGUAUCAGCCGCCAGCCAGCUGCAGGGCGCUGGCAGACGCAGCGCUGCCGGCCUACGUUGCUGGCGAGGGAGAGGGCUGCACAGUGAGCUCCAGCAAGGAGACCUGUGCUUUUGGCGAUUGCUGGAGUCUUCCACCGCAGUCACUGAGAGUUGUCGAGGAUCUGGGAAUUGCUUGGGUUCGCCACGCUGAGACCCGGCUUCUCUUCGAAGGCUCCAUGCCCUGGCAACUGACGGCAUGCCUGCCAUGUGCCGCGCUCUGGAAUCGAGUCUUAGGCGAUGCGAGCCUGCUAUUGCUUAGCACAUGCGUGAAGCCGAUUCGCAAGGCGGGGGUGAGUGACAAGACCGAACCGCCACUUGUGUUCCUCUCUGCUACCUGA